UUCGUCCUCAGUUCUCCAGACAUCAUGUGACGGGGGAGUGGCAGAAAAUCAGGAAACAAACCGCCGCUGCGAGUCUCAAGAAAGAGCUCUUCAUCAUGGCCUACCAGGCUGGGAUGCCAGAGGAGCCUAGCGCUUUAGUUCACAACAUCAGCUCCAACAUCCAGAAGCUCACACUGCUGACGUCUGAGCUGCAGAGGGCAGUGUCUCUGCUGGGAACGGAGCAGGACAGCAGUCAGCUGCGACAGUCACUGCAACAGAAACAGCAGCAGGGCAACCAGCUAGCCAAAGAUACUGACCGACUGAUCAAGGCAUUCGCUGCACUUCCUGUCGGCCCUGAUCAGCGGCAGAGAAAGAUACAGAAAGAUCGCCUGUUGAAUGACUUCUCUGCCGCCCUAAACAGCUUCCAAAAGACCCAGCGGCAGGCAGCUGACAGAGAGAGAGAGUUUGUGGCCAGAGUCAGAGCCAGCUCCAGGGUGUCGGGAGGCCAGCCCGAGGACAACUUUGGAAAUGCAUCUCCAUUCCAAAGUGACUCCCAGGUGCAGGCUCAGACCGAGGCCAUCACUGAAGAAGACCUGAGGCUGAUCCAGGAGAGAGAGUCGGCCAUCAGGCAGCUGGAGGCUGACAUCACAGAUAUCAAUGACAUCUUCAAGGACCUGGGGAUGAUGGUGCAUGAGCAGGGAGACAUGAUAGACAGUAUAGAAGCCAAUGUGGAGAAUGCAGAUGUGAAUGUCCAGAGUGGCACCCAGCAGCUAGCACGUGCAGCAGAAUACCAGAGGAGCUCCCGGAAGAAGAUAUGCAUCCUGCUGAUAGUGUUGGCUGUUGCUGCUGUUAUAGUAGGACUUAUCAUCUGGGGAGCUGUCAGCAAAUGAGGCCCUCUUCCUCCUCCUCAGUCAUCAGCCUGGUCAAAGGAUGAAGUACUAUCCUUCCUCUCCUCUGCCUCCCCCUUUUCUCGCCCCCACCCCGCCCUCUUGAGAGGAGUCAUUGAGACUGUCUUGUCUUUCUUUGGUUUGAUCAUAUUUUAAAAAUAUCUUAGUCCUCGUUGAUAGGACUGCACACUCCUUCACUGGGAAGCAAAACUAGUGCUGGUAGUUUUAUUGUUACAAUCAGCUUUAAUUGAAUUAUAUGCGUCUGAUUCAUGAUUGACUUUAACAGGAAAGUGUAAAGAUUUUAAUUCUCACUUGUCAGAUAAAGGAGUAAACACAGGUGGAAUAUUUCUCUGCUCAGUGGCACUCCUACUGCCAUGACAAUGUUAAGAGUGUUUCCAUUGAGUUGAAUGACUGUAGACAAUGCUUCUGAGUGCAAUGAAGCUGCAAGCAUGUGUAGGCAGGUAAGAAGGGAUUAACCUUCUGAUCCCUCUCUUCAAAAUGCCAUACUUCUGCAGCUGCUUUCUUUUAUCAGGUUACUUUUAUCAAAGUCCAUGCACUAAAAGUUUCUGCGCAAUUAAACCAUGAGUCAAGUGCACUAUGUAAAUUGACUGCGAACAAAUGAAAGCCAACCUUGUAGCCACAGUAAAAUGUAACCAAACGACAUUCAGGUUAUUCUAACGCAGUGCUCUGAGUGACAAUAUAACCUCUAACCUUCUAAUCUAUAAUUUCACAUACUUUAGGUUAUCAUUCAUUAAAAUGAAUAGUUUAUUUCUGUUCAAAUUCAUGUUGUUUGAUUCUAAUGCUAAAUGAAGAAGUGCUGUACAUACUCAUCCUAAAUCUUGUGGUUUGUAUAUUAAAUUACACUCCACUGUAAGCCAAUCAUCAGCCAAUCCCCUUAUCAAAUGAUACAGGGUAAAGUUGGUUGUUACUUAAAGUAGGUGGUGUGUUUCUUUUGGCUAGACAAAUUGUUUUUAACUGUGUAGCUCAGAGAGAUUGCAUGUACGUCAAGGAUAAUCUUUUUUUGUUAAAUCAAAUUAGCUAUCACAUGACAGGUGAUCACACACAAAGAAUGUAAUUACAACCUGUACAGUAGACAGUCCAGGGUGAGGGUCAAGCAAUAGUUGGGAGUUGUGGUUUAUGGUUUGUUUUAACCUUGUUAUGUUUGCUUUAUUUAAAACCCCCGCAAGCCCACAAAGGUGUCCGUAGGUGGCAGUCGCUAUGGCAAUCAGUCGCAGUCCCAAGUGGAGGCCUCAUAAGCCACAAUACGUCAAAACACUUCUGGUGGUUGAUCUUUUGUAUGCAGGAGCUUUACCUUGCUCACAGAAAAGUAUUAACAGUCUGUUUUCACAAUUUUUCUGUGACUAACAAACUGCUUAUCACUUGUAUGAAGAAACCAAAACCUACUAAUACAAAGCACAGUCAGUUAAAUACAAAGUACAGUCAGUUAAAUACAAAGUACAGUCAGUUAAAGCAAACUAACACUACUGUUGCCACAACUGUUUGACCCAGAUGUAAAACUAUGAUCACAUAUAUGUUUUUUAUAUUGAGAUUUAGCUGCCUACCAUGUGCUGAAUAAAUUACCUGAAUGUACUGAA